CUCACCCCAGGAUUUAAUAUCCAAGCGUCUCCCAGUAAGGGGAGGAUACAGUCAGUCCUGAGGACGGAAGGGUAUGACCAGCCACACAGAGUACACCAGCCAGAAGUUUAGUCUGCAAGAAUGAUAUGACAUGGCCCUGCAGCUUUGGAAGUAAAGGCUCACUUAAAUCCUGAAAAGCUACACAACCUUACACUUCCAGAAAAAAUGGCAGAAGUUACAAGUGGUGCAUGCAAAUCCUGCAGUGUACUGACCUGGGAUCAAGUAAGCCGUUUGAAUGAGGUCCUUACAGAGGCUGUUCCUGUUCACGGUCGAGGUAACUUCCCAACUUUAGAGGUGAGACUGAGAGAUAUCAUCCAAAUUGUCCGAAACAGACUCGGGGAACAAGGUGUUCAAGUUAAGGAUAUCCGUUUAAAUGGCUCCACUGCAAGCCAUGUUUUGGUGCCGGACAAUGGCUGGAGUUACAAGGACUUGGAUCUAAUAUUUCGAGUGGAUCUUCAGAGUGAGGCAAUAUUCCAGCUGAUCAAGGAUGUUGUUUUGGAAACACUCUUGGAUUUUUUGCCAGAAGGGGUUAAUAAGGAAAAGAUUACCCCCAUGACUCUGAAAGAGGCCUAUGUUCAGAAACUGGUAAAAGUUUACACUGAGCAGGACAGAUGGAGUUUGAUUUCUCUUUCCAACCACAAUGGUAGAAAUGUAGAACUGAAGUUUGUUGACUCAAUCAGACGUCAGUUUGAGUUCAGUGUAGAUUCUUUUCAAAUUGUUCUUGACUCCUUGCUGUUUUACUAUGACUGCUCACAGAAUCCCAUGUCCGAGCACUUCCAUCCAACUGUUAUAGGAGAAAGCGUGUAUGGUGACUUUGAUGUUGCUUUGCACCACUUGAAAAAUAAGCUCAUAACUACAAAGAAUCCAGAAGAAAUUCGGGGAGGUGGGCUUCUUAAGUAUUGCAAUCUGCUGGUUAGAGAUUUCAAACCAGCAGAUGAGGAUGAAAUCAAAGCUUUGGAGAGGUACAUGUGCUCAAGGUUUUUUAUAGACUUUCCUGAUAUUGUGGAGCAGCAGCACAAACUGGAGUCUUACCUUCACAGCCAUUUUGUUGGUGAGGAAAAAAGUAAAUAUGAUUAUCUGAUGAUCCUUCGCAGGGUGGUCAAUGAGAGCACAGUGUGCCUCAUGGGACACGAGAGGCGGCAAACUCUUCAUUUGAUUUCCCUUAUUGCUGUCCGUGUCCUGGCAGAGCAAAAUGCAAUACCAGAUGCAUCGAGUGUUACAUGCUAUUACCAGCCAGCUCCCUAUGUGAGAGACUUAAACUUCAGCAACUACUAUGUAGCCUCCUGCAAUCAUUCGUACCCAACUUGGUUGCCCUGUAACUAAGGUUGUGAUAAAGAGGUUCAAGAACUUUUUUUCCUUUUUUUUGCUCUCACUUGAACUGAAAUAAAGUGGACAGAAGCACUUGAAUGUUAUGGGGGUAGUGUAGGUAAUUUUUAUAAGCUUUUGUCAAGGGAGCAUGUGGUUGGGUGGCAGGGUAGGUGUAUACUAUAUAGUUCUUGGACCCAAACGCUGUCAGCACUUUUUAUGUCUUUCCAUAUUCUAUGAAUAUAGUCUCCUGCUCCACUUAAACACUUUUUUUUGUGUUGGAAAGAUGUAAAAAGUAGGUAUAGAAUUAAACAAAUUAAAAAGGGGAGGGGGGAAGUGUUGAUUAGAAGUAUUCUAGACAUGUUUACAUUAAAAUUUUCGUUAAAUAAUGAAAGUAAUUUAAUUAAACCAAAAAAGCAAAAAUUGGCGGGGGGGGGGGGGGGGGGAUGUUGCACACAGACUAUUGCACAAUGUGGUUUGUAUUUGUAUAUUUGGUUGGAAUUAAUAUUCUAUAUAUGAAGGUCAUUGUGCCCGUAUUGGGACAAAAUAUUUCCGGCCUUGCUUUACAACCUUAUUGGGUUAGCUUUGGGGGUUUGCUUAUUUUGCACUUCAUGUCUGAGCUCCUGCUUUAUAAAUGUUUGUAAACGUUAAAGCAAAGGGGUCUUUUUUUUUUUUUCUCCUUUGUUUAAAGUAUGUUUAAAAAAGAAAAAAAAAAAGUGAUGGAAAAAUAUAAACUUAUGCUGCAUAUUUUGAGGUUUCCCCAUCUUCAUGAGACUGUUUAGUGGCCUAUUGAGACCUCUUGGUGUUCUGAAUCUUCCCCAUCAUGCAUUUAUUUUUAUAAUCAAGUGAAUGUGGAGCUUGCCAUGUUUAUCCAUAGAUUCUUUUUAUUUUGUAAAGAACCUGGUGGUUGUGGUUUACCUAGAACAUAUCUGUAUCAAAAAUUGGGGAACUAGCAGAUUACUUUUUAGGCUGUAGGCUUUUUACGGUUUGCCAUUCUUGGCAAAGUGUGCUGUUAGUUGAAUAUCUGUUUCAAAUUAUGCCUAAAAAAAAAAAAUAAAAGCUGACAACCCUUUUGUCUGUUUGUGCUACCAAUGGCACUUCUUGCCUUACAAGGGUCUUUUGGACUUUGCUGAGCUGUGAACGCUUUGUGGCAACCCCAUCCUGAAAAAGGAGAUAGGCCAUCUACUUUGACAGCAAGCUAUAAUUAUCCCUUGAGGUUAAAUGGGGAAGAGUUGUGCUGUCACCUCUUAUGUUAGAGAAGGACACGCAGCUCCUCAAAGGGAGUGGUGUUUUUUUUUUUUUUUUUUUGUUUGUUUGUUUUGUUUCUUGAAUCUUUUUUUUCUCUUUAAUGACUAGAACUGUGUAUUGGGUGGAAACUGAUAACAUGUUUUAAUAUUCAGAGGUGAGUUGCUUAAAAAAAAAAAAAAAAAAACCUUCCCCAGGCCUUGUAGUGGAUAGGACAUGAAAGAUGCCACUUAUCACUAUAGCGGUCUUGCAAUUUUGCAAAAUUUUUUUUUUUUUUUCCCUUUUCUUGUAAACUAUGAAUACUGGAUUUUUAUAAAUGAAUCAAGCAGGAUGCUAAAUUUAGUGUUGUACUGCCAUUGUAAGAAGUCCAAACCUUCCAAUAAGAACUCUCCUUUUUUGAGUGGCAUAUGAUUUGUGAUGUUUUUUUAAAUCAACAUAUGCACUUAAUCCUUUUAACACACAUUGUGCAGAAAGAUGAGUAGGCAUGGAGUAUAUGGAAAUUCCUAGUUGAGUACAGUAGCAAGUAUUCAUGGUUUGACGGCUUUGAAUAAGGGUCAUUAGGUGUGUGGCCUUUCCUUUGAAAGCUAAAGAUUUUAACGUCACUGCAGAAAAUUGCAGCAUCACAUUUUCUGUAAUACAUAAACAGACUUUCCUAAUACACCCUUCAACCAGUGUCAUUUUUAAUGCAUGACCUUUGAAGAGAAAAUGGCCUUUGCAAACAAAGAACUAAUUGUGAAUUUCUUCAGUGUAGGUAGUGUUUUUUAGGUAUUGAUCUUUGACCAUAUGAUUUCGUCAGUUCAGUUUAAAAUAUCUCUUUCCACCCUACCACCCUUAUCUAGCCUAAACAGGGGGUUAUUGACCUUCCUUCAUGGAGUGUAAAUGACCCGGUCACACUAGUCUUUUAAGAACUAGGGCAUGUACUUAGUGUUAGAUGUAUAAAGUAAAGAGCAGGCUGCUACAAGAUUGCAGUUUUUUGGGUGCAGUUGGAGGACCAAA